AUGGCAAACUGCAAGAUCAAGGAAGAAUUCAAUUCGGCACAUGCCGCUGAAUUGAAUGAACCAGGAACAUUCGAUCAAACUGUCAACUGUGAAUCAAACAUGCUCCCCAACACAGCUCCAGAUCUGCUUGUCAAUGCCGAUCUUGGACAAGAACAACUUUCCAACCGAGAGGUCAACAAACCAUUGUGGCAAAAUUGCGAGGAUCUCGAGCGGCUUCAACAAAUUGAGGUGAAAGAAAGAGCUGUUGAUGAUAGCUUAGCCUGUAUGGAUCGUAUUGAAAAGAUUCUUCAUAGCACUACUGGUAUCAAAAGCCUUGCUAGGCACAUCGCAGCAAUUGAGAAGAUCAGAGAGAAUCACAAGAAAUGCAGAUUACUCGUUGGAUUUUUAGGGGUGUCCGGUGCCGGCAAAUCAUCUCUCAUCAACGUCUUACUAGAGCACGAAGAUUUACUCCCAGCAGAUGAUGAAAAAGCUUGCACCGCCAGCGUGGUCGAAAUUUCAUUCAAUGCAGAAUUAGAGUAUGAGGCUGUCGUGGAACGCAUCGACAAAGAAGACUGGCAAAGUGAGUUGAAUCAACUUUUUAAAGAUCUGGAUGACCGAGAAAAAGUUGCCACUUGCGAAGACGAAGAACCAGAUCUCGAGCGAGAAUAUCGAAUCAAGACAGCAUUUUCGAAAAUCAAGUGUGUAUAUCCAGAGAUCAAGAAUCCAAAGGACUUGCAAGACUACACUGCGAAAGGUCUCUUAUCUCACCCCAACGUCAAAGGUAUUCUAGGGAAGGACCACCAAAUAAUUCACAAAAACAGAGAUAAGUUUGCAGCAGAAAUCAGGCCAUUUAUUGCCAGCGGUGCUACGAAUGGUGGACUUGGUAAAACUUAUGCGCAAUGGCCAUUAGUGAAGCUUGUACGCCUGCGAAUCCCCGCACCACUCCUCGAGCAUGGCUUAGUACUUGUGGAUCUGCCUGGAUCUGCCGACUCGAAUGUAGCACGAGGUAUCAUCGCUGAAAAAUACCAAAAGAAUCUUAAAGUCACUUGUGUUGUGGCACCUGCAACAAGAGCAGCAACAGACAAACCGGCUCAAGAUCUGCUGGGGAAAGCUCUACAGCUAAGUUUGCAGCUCGAUAAUCGCUUUUCUACCGAGAACUUGUGCUUUAUCGUUACCAAAACCGACGCUUCGAUAAACGUCAAACGUUAUCUUCAGCAAAAUCCUGAUGUUGAAGCGGCCAUUGCGGGCGAGCUCCAGUUACACAAAGAUUAUUCCGAAAAUCUGAACACAUGGAAGAUAUAUUUUGGCGAAGCACAAGCAACAUCAAGGUCUGAGACAGAACUAGGAAAGUCGCUCCGUAAAGAGCAUAAGCAAGCCUCACGGGCGUUGGGUGCUCUGCGAGGAAAAUCUUCAAAGAAACGCAAGCGCAAUGAUGAAGCCGAAGCAUCAGCUGUAACCUUACACGGGGUACCGGGGAAACCAGAAGAACAAGCUAUGCGAAACAAUCUGAUGGAGUUGGAGGCAAGAAUAGCUGCACAUGAGAAGCAGGCCGCUAGAACUGCCAGAUUUCUUGUGAAGUCGAAUGAGCAUAUAGAAACACUCCAAUAUAACCUCGAAGUUUUAGAAAGCAGACAGAAAGGAGCUUGCAUCAACAAGCGUAACGAAACAUCGACGUUUGAGCUCAGGCAAGACUUCGAAUCUGUCCCUAAUCCGCUUUCGCCGGCUGCUGGUAGUUUGCUUCAAGUAUUUUGCGUGUCUUCCACCGCACACUCACUGUGGCGUACCAGCUCGGAUCUUGUCCCAGGAUUUCCCAAGAGGAGCGAUACGGGGAUCAGUAAACUUCGCCGAUGGAUGACAAAGACAACACUAGACACCCGCAAUGACAAUGCAGUGGCUUUCUUGGAAAGCUUCAAGCAUUUUCAGAUCUCUAUGGGACCUUGGCUAUCGGACAGUUCAAUCGAUUCGAAACUGAAUGGAGCUGAGAAAGAAGCCAUAUGCAGAGACUUUGAGUCAGCCUUACAGGAUUUGAUCAAGCAUUUCCAAAUUGUUUUACAAGAUCUUAUCGACUCAUGCGAGGAGCUGAUUGCUGGUGAUUUCUCUGACGCUAUGGAAGAGAUUGAGCGCAAGGGAGUAUCAACUGUUCAACUCACCGUCAAUAGAUGGGCACAGAAGCCUGUCCACUGGGCAAGCCAUAGAGCGUGCAAUCGCGCACUGGGAACUUGGACUACUAGUGGGGGUCUGCAACUCAGCUGGUGCGACGAUCUAGUUGGGAUUUAUCUUGAACCUUUGACAAAUCAAUGGUUGAAAACAAUUCAUAAAGCAAUUCCCGCACUGAAAGGGGGUUACGAUAGUAAAGUCGCCGAAUGCAUUGAAUCGUUUGUUACUGCCCUUCAACAACGAAUUCUUGUUCCUUAUCCUCAGCUGUAUGAUGCUUUUCAAGACUUGAAGGAGAGCACGCUGAGAACGCCAGCCGCUCUUGAGAAGAACAGUGCGAGAAUAUUCGCUGAAACAAUACAAGAAGGUGCUCGGGAAGCUCAUCGUAAAGUCAAACCUGUUGUCAGAACAGUUUGGGAUAAUACAUUCGUUCUGUGCGGUGAGCAAUAUGGAAGAGGUCAUUUCAAACGGAAUAUAGAUACUCAUAACGAGCAUGCGAAACAAUCAAGCGACCGUAUGCUUAAAAAGUGUAGCUUGGCAAUCAGAGAAGAUUUAUCUCAAGUCUGGGCUUCUCUUCCCGACGAGUUUGCCAAAGGUACAGACCCAGUGAUUGAACAGGCGCGGGCGGAGUUCGAAGAACUUACGCUCAACUGCACUAAAGAAGAAUGCAAGAGCGAAGAGGAGCGGCUCAGAAGCCAUCUGGAGGUAGAAGUAAAACGGAAUGUUAGGAGGUGUUUUGAAGAGCUCAUGAUUGCUUGGGAAGCACCACUUGAUGGUCCAGAGGAAGAGGAAGACGAAGUCGAGCUGAUACCUCGGCAAUACGAAAUGCCCGACGACCCGACUAAAAUCGAUGACACUAGUGACGAGGACUACUCUGACGGUAGCGGUGUUGGGGACGACAGUGAUGGCUAA